UUGACACAUCUUGAUGCGGGCCUUUUGGGCUAGUUCAGGCAUUUGGGGAAUCUUGAUAAUUAAUGCUACGCAAUAAAGAACAGCGCAACAAUGCCUUCAUUUCGCCAAAAAGUGACUACCUAUCUGCGGCAAUUAAGUUUUGCAUCCGAGCGUGAUUCCCGACAUCAAGUAGAACAACAACCACCAUCCGGAAGCUUUAUAACUCAGUAUUUGGAAGGCGUAUGGGAACCUCCAGAUUGCAUUCCGGUGGUACACAAUGGUAAAUCCCCGGAAGAAUUACCAGAAAUAACAAUCGCUCCGUAUGUAGUAGCUCACUCGAUUUCUGAUGCGGCGUAUACGGGCCCAUUAGAGGGCCUGACAGGCGUAAAGCGAGCCAAGUCCCAUCUUACCGCUGGAAAUGCAGACGAUAUUGAUUACAUUGAUGUUCUGAAUGAGUCUGUUGUUGACAAGGCGCCAAGAGAUUCUGCAACCCUGAAACCACCAUUGGAGCAGCGCGACCAAGUUUCAAAUUCCGAUUCUAUCAUUCCGCCCGACAAUAAUGUUGACAGUGGGAAACUCAGUGAACCUCAAAGGAAGAAAUCAUUUUCAAGCAUGACAUGCAAAUCUAAAACACCGAUUAAGGAAGAGAAUGGCGCUAAAAUUUCGGAUAUCCAUACCCGUUCCGAGAUUGAACCCAUAGCAUGCAUAACUGAUUGGGACCGUCCAAAUGAAGAUGCUUACGGAAUGUCUAUUUCAUUGUACGAAAAGAAAAUUCCCGAUUUACACACCAUGGGAAACGUCGGUGAUCCAAUAGCCGAUUGCUUUGGGAUUGCCACUCGAGAGAAUUCCUGUAUUAUGGCAAUGGCCGACGGCGUUAAUUGGGGUGAAGGAGCACGAGUUGCUGCGAGGUCCGCUAUCCAAGGAUCAAUGGAAUAUCUAAAUUCAGCCAUUUUCGGCCUCCAUCGAGCAUAAGGAAGCAUGACCAAGACAAGGAUUCCGAUGUAUGCAUGAUGGUCUAUGAUGCCUGAUAUACGAUAAAAUGGCCUAGCAAUAUAGCAGGAAAAACAUCCCCAUGCUAUUAUAUUAGCCCCCGCAUGUUUUAAUGUCCUUACCGUAUACUGUGGUCCGUAUUCUGUGGCAAAUGGACGUCUUACGUACUGACGACGGUAUUUUGAUCGAAACAACAUAAUUUUAGAUUCGUCAGAUCACAAAACAUUGCGCCAUUUUUCUUGUACCAGUUGAUAUAGAUUUUUACAAACUUAAGGCGGUUUGCAACAUGUCGAUUCGUCAACAAGGGUACUUUACGGGGACUUCGUGCGUACAGAUUAGAUUCUAUUAAUCGUCGCCUGACUGUUACUGUGCUCGCAGGCAAGUCCAAUGCAAUCCUAAUCCUGUUGGAAGUGAUUGUUGGAUCUCUCCUCGAUAUGUUCACUAUCUUUCGGUCAGUCUUCUGAGAUGUGCAUCGCUUCAGGCACUAGUUGUUGCCUCUGCUUUCCAUUUUAAAUCAUUGCUCAUUUUGGCAGAGCACCCCAGUAAUUCUUCAACCUGCUGGUACGACUUUUCUUAUUUUACCAUUUUUUUAACCCUCGGUUGGGCACCCGGCGUUUACCCCUUCGUUGGGCACCCGGGUACCCGGGUACCCCACUUAUGUGCAUUGCAUUGUUAUAUUCUUGUAUCAUCGUUUGUGUCAGUUUUAUGAUAAAAAUGGUGUUCUAGAACUAAUUUAAGAGUCUUCGGAACCUAUUUUUCUUUAAAAACCACAACAAAAUCCAAUAAAAACAAUAAAAAUAAUGAACACAACGCAUUGAUACCCCUUCGUACGGUAAUUCUCUACCGCGUACGUCGUAAAGCAAGCAAUAAGAUAAAAAAAUGAUCGAAUUUCCCAGCAAAUAUGUUACUGAAAUUAUUGAUUUCUUCGAAUAAAUCAGUUUUGAAUUGUCAUAAGGCACUUUUGAGGCAUAAACAAUUGAGUUAAUUGGGCACAAUUGAGCUACGAGAUCAGACCAGUUGCUAAAUGGUGCGUUCAGAAAGUAAUGAGAAUUGUUUUUUCUGACAAAACAGUUUGAGAUAACGUGUUUAAUUUUUGACAAUAAGGUAGAGGAAGGUUUUGGCUAUCAAUCGCACUUUAUUUCGUUCGGCUAUGACCAACUGAAAGAAAAUGGGACGAUUUUUCGUGAACCAUGUUUUUAGUUGAUGUAACACCUUAGAAUGUCCCCUGUCUAUGGACCAUUGAUCUGGCGCGGAUCACCCGGACCUACAGAAAAACAUUCCGUUGGUGCCAGUAAUUCAUCAAGUCCUCAUACAUUUCUGUUUGCGUGCUCUGUGCCAGGAAAGAGGUCCGCGAUGAUCCGGGCUGUACCAGUGUUCCAUAGAAAGAGGGCGUUCUACGAUGUUACAUCAACUAAAAACAUGGUUCACGAAAAAUCGUCCCAUUUUCUUUCAGUUUGUCAUAGCCGAAUGAAAUAAAGUGCGUUGAAUAGCUAAAUCCUUCCUCUACGUUGGCGUAAAAAGUUCAAUACCUUAUCUCAAACCGUUUCGUAAGGAAAAAUCCAGUCUCAUCACUUCCUGAACGCACCAUGUAUAUUGGUCUCUGUGAUCUACGAAAAUGUCGCCUAAACCCUUUUUGAUGAAGAUUAGUGUAUAAUUUACAAAUAUGUUAAGAAAAUUACACUAUACGAACCAUUUUUAAUCAUUUUGAGAAAUAAUACAUAAUUUAAAUUGCACAUAAAAGGUUUCAAAAUAUGUUGAUUAUUUUUCUCCUAUUGCUCGUUGAAAAGCUCAAACGUAAUGAAAUUUUCAACAAAACGUUGUAGUUUACCUUAUUAACAAUUAAUAAACACGUCAACAUGGAUAAAUGUUGAUAAAAAGUGUUGUUUUGUGUUUAUAAACAUAGCCCAUGUGCAUAGCCAACGUAUGGGGUACCCGGGUACCCGGGUGCCACUGGGCGGGUGUUAAUUUCAUCGGGCCAUAAUUACCUUUAAAUAUGAGUUAUCAAAACAAUUUCAACGCCAAUUCGGCUUGAAAUGAGUUGUACUUUGGGGAUCCGGAGUUUCGUAAAAAAAUAUUGACGGGAAGGCAUUCAUUUAUUCGUUGAAACUUGAAAUGGGUACCCGGGUACCCGGGUGCCCAACCGAGGGUUAAAAUAAAAUUCCGAUUCCCUACAGAACAAUGUUUGCUGCGUCCCAUUUUCCUGCUAUAAAAAUAAAAAGAUCUUGCCUUUCGUUCAUUUUUUGUUUUUUUACACUGCUAUUAUU